GAAAAUUGGGUUCACCGGUUCAGCGACUCGCGCGUUUCGAACCGGCGAUUAACGUUUUUGUUUUUCCCCUCGCCGGUCCAAGCUCCCGCAAAAACCGACCCCAUUGUUAAUGGAGGGCGACGGAGAAGCGCGAACCCGGAUGGACGCCGCCGCGGCGAAGGAGGAUGAACCGGCUCCGCCCCCCUCCGACCCGGUCCAGGAGAACAUCCUCCCUGGUCCGGCUCAAAAUCCGGUCGAACCGGAUCCUCCCCCCGCCAUGAACCGCGGCGAGAUCGUCAAUGCCCUAGAAGUGCUGGAGAGGGACUCCGCCGCCAUUGCCGAGAGCUUCUCCUCUCUCUUCUCCUCCCUCCGCCUCGCUCUCUCCGAGGUUACUUCUACUUCUAUUGACAACAUGGAGUGUUUUAGCGAUGUCGUCGGCCGCCUGCAAGAAUCCGCACUUGAUGCUGCUUCCAAGGGAAACAAAUACAUAAAUUCAUGCUUGAGAAUUCUGCUUAUGUGGUUCCCCUUUGUUGCGAGCAACAGGUUGAAUGAGGAAAUGAAAGGCUUGGAAAGUUUAUCCAUGCAACUAAAGAUCUUACGGAAGAACGUUGAUUCGCUGGACCUGGCUGUGAACAGACUGCUUCGCCUCCCAUAAUCACUUGAAACUAUUUUUUCACAUGUUAAUGUUCUUUCUACAUGCAGCAUUGUGCUCCUGUUGCAUAUGUACAUGACUUUUUUGCUAAGAGUCGUCGAUGACUCUUUUAUUCACAAGGUACGUUCGCCAGUUAAAUUGUGGGACCAAAUCGUGUUGAUUUGAGGCUUUGUUUGUAUCUGAAAAGAUUUUUAUCUCGGCUUUUUUUGGAA